GGAUUACAGUUCAAUCGAGGGGGGUGACGUGGUGGGCGGAGUGAUCUUCGCCUGUAAAGGUCCUGUUUGAGGAAUGGUGAUCGAUAAAUAAAUUUCACGGUGCAAAUUCAUGACAGCGAUAGCAUAGUUGCUAGUUGACAUUUGCUACUUUUUAAGAACCGGCUUCGACUCCACGCCGAACGGGGACGUUUGGGAGUAUGGAACGGAAAAGGGAACCCCUUCUCUGAUUGGAUGACAAGUUUCAGUGUACCAGUCAGGCGUGUCCUCGGCAAUCCACAGACAGCACGGGGUCCAGCCAACAACUUUCACAUGGAGGAGGCCGGCCAGUCUCGUGCUGCACAUUUAGUUCUUACUAAAGUCCAGCGAAGUGGGCACAAACACCAUGAUAUCAACCAUCAAAUCAGGGCCAAGCCAGACUUGAACACAACACUGCCCGUUCGACAGACGGCCUCCAUCUUCAAGCAGCCGGUGACCAAAGUAACAAAUCACCCUAGCAACAAGGUGAAAACAGACCCGCAGAGGGCUGUGGACCAACCAAAGCAGCUGUUCUGGGAAAGGAAGCUGAGUGGGUUAAGUGCCUUUGACAUUGCAGACGAGCUGGUGAAAACCAUGGAUCUCCCCAAAGGCCUACAAGGUGUGGGGCCUGCGAGUUCUGACAAAACGCUGCUGUCCGCCAUCGCUAGCGCCCUCCACACAAGCCCCGCACCUGUCACUGGCCAGCUCACGGCGGCUGUGGAGAAAAACCCGGGAGUGUGGCUCAACACCACGCAGCCUCUCUGCAAGGCGUUUGUGGUGACAGAUGAAGAUAUCAGGAAGCAGGAGGACCUCGUGCAGAGUGUGAGGAGGAGGCUGGAGGAAGCCCUCAUGGCGGAUAUGUUGGCUCAUGUUGAGGACGCCGCUGUGGUCGUGGCACCCGGCACGGUGGAAAACGACGACGACGACAGCGGCGAAGAAAAAGAGAAGGGGGCUGAGCGGGUGGAAAAGGAGGAGUUAUAGCCAAGGUACACAAAAUGGCUGUGUUAAUUCCAGUAGUGCUGACUGAUUUUUUUCUGACGUCGUUUACCACAACUUCAACUGACGUCAUCAAUUAUCUGGGAGGGUUUUUUUUUUUUAUUCCUAGUUUUUGUCACUACUUCAACUAAAAUAAAACUGAAACUUUUUUUUCUUUUUUUGUCAACUGAAAAGGUGCUCUAAGUUUCAGCUUUUACCUCCAUCGAUUUUUCAGCAGAUAUGUUUGGUGCUGCACACUAUCCAUUCGGUGUUGUUUUCAUCACACAGCUGCUAAACAAGCGCAAACAAACCUGGUGUAUGUGAACUGUAAAAUAUCUCUGUAAAUGUGCGUCCAUUUGUGAAGAACAACACGUCUUUGUUUCAUAUCCCCACCGCCACUUAAGUGAUAUUUAUGCAAAGGAGCAUAGAGAAGAUUGCGGACUCACUGCAUGCAUGCUGUACUCUCGCGCUCUCUAAUGUUACGCUGAGAGAGCUCAGAUAGUUUCGUGGCUUUCAAAUAUUCUUGAUGGUUUACAAUAACUUUAGGUCAUGUUAUAUCAUGUCGCGCUACAAUGUAAGAAACACUGAUACUUAACUACUGUACAUGAAUCCAAUAUUGUUAAAUAAAUGCAUCUUUUGGA